CCCCAAUCCCCCCUACAUUUUCCCGCGGAAAGUCAAAUUGCGCGCUCUCUGCUAACAAAACCCUAAAUUGAGAUUUGUAGCUUUCCUCCGGCCAAUUAUCCAUGUAUCCCGGUCGUGCUUCAGCCUUCAACGAUUGAGGACAUCCUAUUACAGAGGAGUAGUCUUUCGGAUAGCAGCGACGGAGACAAUCAAUUGCGAGCUUGGUGACUCCCUCCGAGCGAGACAGAACGGGAAAGAGUCUCCCGCCCUGUAAUAACCUUCGAAGACCAGGUAUUCGUCGGCGUUGAUUCCUUGCUCAGCUUUCGCUUUGAAUCCCUUUCGAUUCCUGUUUUAGGUGGACCACAAGGGAUUGGUACACUGAAGGUGGCUCCGGUAUAAAAUGACGAUGAACGAGACUGGCAUCAGCUGCGAAUUGGUUAGAAAUGGGAAACGGGCCCGUGAAGAGGAAGAAGAGGAUGCCUCAACUGCUACUGACAGGUUAACCCAUCUUCCUGAAUCCAUUGUUUGUUACAUCCUUUCUUUGCUCAGCGACACCAAAUCGGUUGUCCAAACCUCCGUAUUGUCCCAAGCGUGGAGGUUCGUCUGGAAACAUGUCCCUAUUCUUGAUCUGCGUAGUGAUUCCUUCCAAGAGUAUUCGAGUUUCCAGAGGUAUGUUGAGAAUGUUUUGUCCCGCCGUGGUCCCUUUAAUGUCAGCAAGAUAAGCUACAUUGAUAGUGACGAUUCGGAGGACGUAGAUUUUAGUCUGUUUGACAAGGUCGUUAAGUAUGGCUUAUCUCAUGGCACUCUGCAUUUAGUGGUUGAUCUGGACUCGUUGGGUACAUAUAUGGACGAGAAUUACACAUUCUCCGAGCUGUUUGGAACUAUUCCCGAUUGCAACCUCAUAACGAUGAAAAUAAGAGCUGUCUGGAUCGACGACUCAUUUGUAGCUUCUGGCUUCAGUAUGCUUACAACUUUACAUUUGGAAGAUUGCAUGUUACAUUCUAGUCUGCCCGAGGAGUUCGAUCCCUUCUCAAAGUUUCCCUGUCUGAAUAAGUUGGUCCUGGCUCAUUGCAUGCAUCACGGUAGAAUUAAGAUAUCUGGAUCCCAGUUGCUUAGCUUGGAAUUGGAUGGUAUGGUAUGCUUGGACAUGGAAAUAUCUGCACCAAGACUCAAAUCCUUGAGUCUCUUGCAGGAAUUGGAAUAUCUGCAAUUCACCAAGUUAAGUGUUCCUUUCCUAGAUCAUGUUGAUAUCCAGGCAACUGACAUGAACUUUUUCUUGGAGGAAGAUGAGGAAUGUGUGAGGAAAUCUUUGAUCUCCUUGUUCCAAAAUUUAAAAAAUGCAGUAUCGCUUUCGCUGGGCCACUAUACAGUCAAGGUGCUGAGUGAUAUGUCUGAGUUUCUAGAACAACAACCCUCUCCCUUUACGAGACUGAACUCCGUGAUCAUGGUGGCUGACAGUGUACCUUACACAGUCAUCAAUUACUUUCUUAAAGAGUCCGCUAGCAUGAAGCCGAAAUUUGUGUUUGUGUAGCAUAUUGGUCAGCCAUUUUGCCAUAGUCUCUGAUUAUGGUAUGCAAUUUGUUGCUGUUUGUUUUCAUGAAAUGACUGCCCAACAGCUUAUUUUGACCGUCAGUCUGUCAUAUCUAUUGCACUAUCACUUCUUUCUCAGUCCCUUGAUAAUAGUAUCCUUACCUUCAGUUGCAAAUAUAGUUUUGAUGUCUGAUAUCUCGACUUUGGUAUGUUCUCCUUGUUUUAAAGUUAUGGACUUACGGUGCCUUGCAUAAAUCAACUUGUGGUGCUUGCCUAAACCUCUUACUCCUUUGCUUGGCUCAAAAUUGUGCUACAGUAUCAUGGUUCUACUGUUUGAGCUGCGGGUUUUGAAAAUGAAACUUACUCUAGCAAUGGCAGAUUCGAUAUCCGAAUCAUGGAGUGUACCAAUCGUAACUCAAGGAAACGUCUCUGGAAUAGCUUAGAGCUGCAACUGGCAAUCAGUUUUAUAUGGUAUCAGUUUAACACACUGGUUUUGGAGUUGACUCAACAUGAUGGUUUCAGCAGUCGAUCGGUUUUGGAAAAAGGAAAGCAAGGAAAUCACCCAAACCCGAAACAGGCAAACACCCCACCUUCGUAUGUAAAUUUGGUUUUCAUACAAAUUAUAUAGCAGAAAAACUAUAGAGGCCUUUCCUUUGCCUUUGGUGGCUUGCGAAGCAAGUAAAGCAUGGACUUCCAGGUCACGAGGAAGGCAUUCUCAUUGUAGCUUAUUGAGUUCUGCUCUCCCUCAGCUUUACCAAUCUGGUUAUCAUAUCCAGCUUCGUUGAAAUAAGGUUUUCGAGAGCUUGUAGGCUGUAUCAUCAUAGCAGUAAACAGAAGUUGACUAUAUAAGUGGAGAUUAUUCCUAUUUAAAUGAGGAAAAGUAAGAUUUAGGUUAACUAUAUAAGUGGAGCGCUUGCCCACCAAAACUGCAACCGUUUUCUAGGCUUGCCCUUGUGCUUGAGAGUUGGGAAUUGCAGCGGCGGACCGGAGAAGAAAAAAGAGUCUCGCGAUCAUCGGAGGCCCUGUACCGGCCAGCCGGUCAAUCCAAAAAACAGGCGAAUCCGCGUUGAACUUGACUCCCUCUUUCUUGGCAUAAGUUUCUGAAACUAGUUGCAAGCUAUGAACAACGACAACAGCGGUGGCGGCGAGUUGGGGAAAGCUGGGAAAAGGCGUCGCGAUGAAGAAGAAACUGCUACUGACAGGUUAAGC